GUAUAUAUAUUUCUCUAAUUUGUUAGAUCUUAGGUUUGGGGUUUUUUUUUUUUCUUUCUGAUUUCUCAUAUCGAUCUCAUAUAUGUUGAUCUCACUGAUCUGAUGAAUUUGGGGGAGAAUCAAUAUUAACCAAUAACCAAUACGGUACUAUUGUACAUGAACCAAAAAAUUUGUGUAACGGACCCAAAUUCUUGCAAUUUUGUUGAAUACCUUUUGUUUUCAUAUAUUGAAUAAAUUUGAUUUUUUUAAAGCAUGGAGUAGUAGUGCACACCAAAUAUACCAUGUGAAUAUAUGGUCCGAAUAUAUGUGAUAUAGUUUCGUUUAUUUCAAGGUUAGAGAGGUUUAUCUCUUUCAAUGAUAUGCAUAAGGCCUUGGCGAUGAUUGGGCCGACAUAUUUAACGUUUAGCACUUUUGUAGGCCUGUUCAGAAAACUUUGCCAUCGAAUAGUAAUCGUCGUUGGUCUGGAAUUUUAGUCUAAAUUCAAUUUUGGUUCCUCUAACCUCAUUAAUAAGAUGAUUGAAAAUUAACAAAUGUUUUGAUACAUGUAUAGUUCAAUUAUGGUUUCCUAAUCAUCCAAGUAUCCAACUGUUUGGUUUUAUUAUGAAUUUGUUUAUUGCGUAAUUUAUUAAUGAAUGUUGUUUUUUGGUUAAUAUUGAAAUCAUUUAGCUUGAGAGAUGCCUAAAGAAAAUCGUAAAAUGUGUGAGUCAAGCAACAAUGUCAGAGUGUCGCCAUACCCGCUUCGGUCUUCUAGGACCGACAAACACAAGUCGUCUGAGUCGCCGCCUAUUGAGACAGGUUGGGAGGAUGUGCGGUGUGUGAUCUGCAUGGAACCGCCUCACAAUGCUGUCCUUUUGACAUGCUCUUCCUCUUCUAGUGGAUGUCAUCCUUACAUGUGCGAUACGAGUGUUCGUCACUCCAACUGUUUUAAGCAGUUCCGUAAAAAGAACCGAACAAAGCGCUUAAGCACCAAGACCUUACAAUGUCCUCUCUGUAGAGGAGAAGUAUUCGAGGCGACAAACGUGACAAGCACUGCAAGAAGAUUUAUGAAUGCUCAACCGAGGUCUUGCUCUGUAGAGGAUUGCAAAUUCUCUGGGACGUAUUCUCAGCUUAAUAAGCACUUGAAAACUGAGCAUCGCGGUAUUGUCCCACAAAAGGUCGAUCCACAGAGACAACAGAGGUGGGAAAUGAUGGAGAGAGAUGCUGAAUACGUUGAACUCAUGACUGCAGCUGAGAUUCCGCAUGCGACCGAGGUUGUGCAUCAACAGCUUCCCAACGAUCAUCAUCAUCCUCAUGUGUUUCGGGUGACCGUUAAUGGAGCCAUAUGGAAUCUAAUUGAUCCGAGUCAGGGAAGGAAUGGAUUAGGCAUCACCAACUAUACCCCAAUGCAGUUUCUACCAUUGAGCAUGUAUGGCGGUGGGACUCGGUAAAGAAUUCAAACUUGUUUAGUGACAACCCCAAAUAAAAAAUUUGCUUAAAGUUUUGAUGUCUCAAUACCUAUUUACUUUCAUCAGUUUGGAUCCAUAAUGUUUAGAAUUUCUAAUAUUUAGGUUGUCUUUCUAGCAAUAUUAUAGUUGUUAAGCUUGUAUCAUAUCUCACAAAGUUGUGUUACUA